AUGAAAUAUCAAAAUUUUCAUCGCAAUCACAAUAAACAUAAAAAAAGAGAUCCUUAUGAAAAACACCAAGGAUCAUACACUAACGGAAGGCAAGUAUCACUGGAUCAUGUAUAUGAUCGGAACAACGACGGAAAACCAUACGUUAGCUACGCAAGAAGAAACUAUGUAGAUUACGAAGAAAAACCUCGCGUUCGCCUUAAGGACCCAUAUAGCCCAGAUUACGAUUCCAGAAAUCAUGUGUAUACGGAAAACAAACCCAACUCGUCAAACGGUUGUUACAGGCAUGACUGCAACGAAAGUAAUGCAAUUUAUCCAAACAACAGUGCACCCGUAGGCUAUCAACACAGAUAUAGAGAGUUGCCAUAUAAGAGAAAUGAAUCAAACAGAAACUACAGUCACCCAUAUAAUGUAAAAUUAACGAAGCCACAGGAAACAAGGCAACAAAACUGGUCUGGAAAACAACAACCAAAACCUAAACAAAUACAAAGUAUUAGGCAAAAUAAUGUUAACGUAAACAGAACAGUACAAGUAGAGCCGAAAAAUCAACAUACAAAGGUCACUGAUAAUCAGAAAAAUGAUUCUCAACACGCAGUCAGUCAAAACAGUGUCUCAACAAAAGUAAAUCAAACACACACAGAUAAGCCAAAAACAAACAUGAAUGAUAGCACGAAAGACCAAAUCAACCAAGAAAAAAACACAUCAAUAGCAUCAAACACAAAGGCAGGAGAUGAGAAUAAAAAGCCAAUUGAGACGGAAAAUAAAACUUCUAAAGAACCGAAAUCUACGGGAGAAAAGAAUAAUAACAAUGGCUUGACGAAAGUGAAGAAGAGUGGAAGCACGACAGUGAAGCUGAAGGAUGAAAACAUAAGUCAGAAGGUAGAGAGUAAGAGAAUGUCGAGAAGAAUCAAUAAGGCAGUAGAAGAGGAAAAGGAAGAGGAUGAAGCAGUUUCGAAGAAGGGACAGAAAAAGAAAACAGUAGCACCGCAAAGAGUAUUGAGGAGUAGGAAAGGGAACGAUGAGUUAAAAGGAGAGGAGGACUCGAAAGGGAAAAUGAACACAAAUGAAGUACAAGAGCUAAAAGGUAGAAAGGAAGGCGAAUCGUUAAAAAAAAAUAGCAACAUAGUGAGCAGUAGGAUUAGUAGAAGUGACACGAGUGGAGUUAACACAAGACGUAGCAACACGGCAUUCGAAAGUAACAGCGGCAGUACCAGUGAGAGAAUGGAAGAGAACCCGAGGAGAGAAGGCCAAAAAAGUAAUACGGAAGAAGAGUACAUAACACCAAGGUCAGUAGGAUUCUCAGAAAAAAACAACGAAGCACAGGAAAGUAGUAGAAACCUACAGUCAGUGAAGAAGGAAAUGACGAAAAAGACGCUGAAAAAAACAAGUAAAAUAGCAGACAUAAUAAAUCUGAAUAGGAAAAUCACGAGAAAUACACAGAGUUUCUACGAAUCACAACUUAAAAUGGCAAUAGAACUCUCAAUGAAGGAAUGUGACGGAAAGAAGAAGGAAAGUUCAAGUCGCGACCUCGAAUUAGAAAAAGAAAAUAGAAAAAAAGAAGAAGAUAAAAAGAACAUGGAUCGUUAUGUCGAAGAAGAUGACAGCAACGUUGAAGGGAGAGAAAAAGGUAGUAGCAUUAAAGAAGGCCUCGAAAAGGAAGAGCACGAGAGUAGAGACAGAAGAACGAAUAAUAAAAACAAUGCCUACAGCUGUGAAAAGAAACAAGGUCACGCAAAGAAGGAAUACAUAGAUUCGCUGACGGAAACCUCAGACUCGGACAGCGAUUAUGACGAUAAACCGAAGAAAAAGAGGAGACGAGGCACUCUUGUCAGCAGUGAACCAGUGCAGGUCGUCGAAAACGACCAGAUGCUGAUGGACAUGAAAAUGAAGGCAUUCGAAGACUUCCUGACAAUGAGCGAAAGACUGUACUGCGGAAGACCGCUGGUAGAAGACCACAGACAGUAUUUGUCAAACGGAGUGCUGAGUGGUAUGGCGAGUAGCAUGGCGAAGAGCACUGGCGCGGCGCAGGAAGUACAGACGUCUAAGGAAAAGGAGAGCGACGGCUCGACGAGCCUCAGCAACUCGAAAGAAGAAGGCGCUCUGAACGCAACCAGGGAAGGAAGGAGCGAAAGAGAGGAGGAGCUCUUCAGGUUCAACUGCUCGAAGCUGGACCUGAUGUACAGAGUCUCCUUCAACAUACUCAAGAGCUCGCACAGGCAGCCGGAGGUAAUAGACCUCUGGGGCCCGAAGGAGCUCGUGCUCUUCGAGCUCGCGCUCUUCAAGUACGGCAAGGAGUUCCACGAGAUACAGAAGGACAUCCCGACAAAGUCAGUGAAGGAGAUCGUCGACAUGUACUACCUGUGGAAGAAGACGAGCCGCUACAAGCUGUGGAAGGCGAACCGUGAAAAUAAAAAGUGUGUUGGUUAUGUGUGCCGUGUGAGGGAAGUGAGGAAUGAUAAUAAAAAAUAUAAUGAGAAAAUGGAGAACAACCGUGUAUUUUUCAUAAAUAGUAGUGAAAACUAA